AUGAAUUAUCCUUAUCAGCCAUAUAGACCAUAUUCAAGAUUACCCAAUUCUUCAAUGCAUAACAGCAAUAUAAUGUCAUAUGUUGAUUCAGUGCUCUCAAAAUCAAGGAAUAAUUAUGCAUCUGUGUAAUUGGAACCAUAAAAUAAGUAUCAAACUUAAUAAACCAAUUCAAUUAAAACUGAUACAGAUUUAAAAAAUAUAGGCAAUUCACCUUUAAUCCUUCCAUAGAAAUCCAUGGUCAUUUAACCUACUUUGAAAUCUAAAUAAGAAUACUAAUCUCCAAAAAAAGUGGAAUCAUAAUCCUUUUAAUCAGAUAUCCCUCCUGUAAUCCCUCUAAUUCCCUUAAUGUCUGAUGUUAGAGAAUAAUAUACAAAAGUAUAGAGUUUAUUAAACACGAAGAAAUAAGUUUCAACUCCUGUUAGUUAAACAAAUUUUCCAAUGAAAUAACCAGAAAAACCAAAAGAAAAAUAUAAGAAUUUUACAAUCAUCAAAAAACUAGGAGAUGGACAAUACAGUGAAGUGUUUCUUGCAAAACAUACAUAAACAGGUUUUUUGGUUGCCUUGAAAGUGAUUCAAAAAUCUUAAAUUAUUAAAGAGAAUAUGCAAGCCUAAUUAGCUUGGGAAAUCAAAAUACAAUAUCUUCUCGAACAUCCAAAUAUUACUAAAUUAUAUACUUUUUUCUAGACUCGUAAAUCAUCCUAAAUAUUGUAGCUACUGAAAUUGUACUGGUCUUAGAAUAUUGUUCACAUGGACAAUUAAAUACUCUUUAACAAAUGUAACCUAUGAAAAAGUUUUAAGAGAGAAUAGCAGCUUAAUAUGUAUAACAAAUUACUUUUGCAUUAAUGUACAUUCAUAAUUAAGAUGUAAUUCAUCGAGACAUCAAACCUGAUAACAUUCUUUUAAGUUUUGGAUUGGUUAAAUUAGCUGAUUUCUCCUUUUGUGUAUAUUCUCCUGACGAAGAUAGAUAAACAUAAUGUGGAACUAUUAUAUAUGCUUCCCCUUAAAUAUUAGAAGGAGAAACCUAUGAUAAGAAGAGUGAUAUAUGGGGAUUAGGAGUGUUAACUUAUGAAUUAUGUUUUGGUAAACCUCCUUGGAAAGAGAAUUAAUAAGAAUUAAUGAAAACAGUAAGCUUUUUUUAUAUAAUCUUAGGCUUGUUUCAUGAUUCCAUAUACAGCAUCAAGAGAUUUAAGGGAUUUCAUUGAAAAUCUUAUGAAACGACUUUCUCGAGAUCGAUAUACUGCAUAACAAGCAUACAAUCAUGCAUGGCUCCAAAGAAUUGCAUAGAUUAUGCCCUAUUAUAUAAAAAACAAUGAAACUUUAUUUUUAUGA